AUGGCACACCAGCGGAGAUUGGCAGACCAAAAGGCGUGGAGCGAAAAGUUCUCGACCACGGCAGGAUUCGAACCUGCAAUCUUCUGCUCCGUAGGCAGACGCGUUAUCCAUUGCGCCACGCGGCCUACUGUGGAUGGAUAUCGUGGCACUCCAACGGUGAUUAGCAGACCAAAAGGCAUGGAGCGAAAAGUUCUCGACCACGGCAGGAUUCGAACCUGCAAUCUUCUGCUCCGUAGGCAGACGCGUUAUCCAUUGCGCCACGCGGCCUACUGUGGAUGGACAUCAUGGCACACCAGCGGAGAUUGGCAGACGAAAAGGCGAGGAGCGAAAAGUUCUCGACCACGGCAGGAUUCGAACCUGCAAUCUUCUGCUCCGUAG